UGCUAGUUCUUCGGGUAUUUUUUUUUACGUUUUGGUUGUUUUGUUUAUAUAUGUAGUUGGUUGUGGUGGUGGUUUGUAUAUUGUUUUAAUUUUUUUGAUCUUGCGUUGGUUCUGGUUAACUGAUUUUCAUUUAAAAAUGAAUCACUUGUUUGUCUGUCUGUAGAUGCUCGUGCCUUUGUAUCAGGCCGAUGUGAUACGAGUUAUUUGCAAUUGAUUAGGGACGGGUUAAAUGCUGCGAAUCUUGAAUUGUUUCGUGCUUCUUGCUUCGGCCAUUUUUUGCAGUUAAAAAGUCUGCAAUUUCAGGGGCAAUUAAUGUUUAUAUUGUAUAGGAAUAUUGAUAAGAAUAGUUUAGAGCGUAGGAAGCUUGGUUUUAGGUUUAAUAAUAAGGUUGUUGAAUUAGGCCCACCUGAGUACUUAGCUAUAAGUGGUUUGAGGUUUUCCGAUUGGUCUGCACCGCCCACACGAUCUGAUUUUCAUCAUGAUGUAUUUGGUGGUGAUCAAGUGCUUUAUUUAGAUGACAUUGUUAAAAAAUUUGACCAUCAUGCAACGAGUAGUGGAGGGGCUAGUGAGAAUUGCUUGAAAUUAGCUCUUCUGCUUGUUUUGUACGGUCUGCUCUUGCCGAGGCAUAAAACACAUAAGCGCAUAGAAAUUGAAUACAUUCAUCUAGUUGAUGAUCUGGCCAAAUUCAACCUUUAUCCCUGGGGACUUGUUAGCUAUCAGUUUUUGGUGACAGUUUCGCACAAUGCGAGGCUGAUAGUUGAUGAUAAACUAGCCAGCAACCAGUCACCCGCCUUCGAUGCAUGUGGAUGCACAAUCGUUUUGCAAGUUUUUUUAUAUGAAGUGUAUAAAAAACUUGGCGAGAUGUGUGCCACAAGGGUAGAAAGUGCCGAAUCUUUGCAUCCGCGCAUGUUGCGAUGGUCUACAGAAAGUUUCUACAAGCUUGAUGUGCUUAUGGAAUACUUCAAACCAGAAUUUGAAAAUGAGAUUCGGCCGAUUGUAUUUGAUGAGUUUGAGAUGCGACUCAUAGAACACAUUGGAUUCGAUACGGCUGUUGGAAGCCCUAUUGCUAUCGAUAAGCUGUUGCAUCAUGUUCAUUUGUUGGAUCCCGAGCCCAAGUGGAAGAAGCGGAAGGCUGGCGAUGGCGCGAGUACUAGUGCUCCCAAAAAGCAGCGGACGGCUGGCGAUGGCGCGAGUACUAGUGCUCCCAAAAAGCAUCGGAAGGCUCAUGAUGGCGCGAGUACUAGUACUCCCAAAAAGAAGCAGACAGAAGUAGGCUGUGAGCAGCCGGCAACUGAGAAAAGGAGAAGGUCUUCGCGGUUACAUAAAGAUGAAGAUGCAGCGCCCGUUCAUGGGCAAUGCUAUUGUGAAUCAGCUGCCAAGUAG